ACUGAGAAAAGAAAAGAAAAGAAAAGAAAAGAAAAGAAGAGGGGAUAAAGCUGCCGCGGAAAUAUGGACACACUUGUUGUUUUGUUUUUGUUUAUGAUUUCCUUCCCCCGCAACUGCAACAUGGCAGUCGGUUAGGCGUGUAACGGUCCGGGAUCCGGUGUGAGCGCGCGCCCGAAGAGCGGUCGCGGCUGUCCGUGAAUGCGAACGCGAGACGUGUCGCUUCCCCGCGCCGGUGACACAGAGAUGAGCGGUCAUGCGUGAGCGCCGCUCGGGAUAAACAAGGCAAAGAAGAACAACAACAAGCAUAAGAACAACACACACACACACACACACACACACACACACACAGCAGAGACACGCGCACGACACGGGCAGGCGCGCGAGCGGUGGCACGCGGAGGGAGACCGGCGGGGAGGGCUGCUCCGUGUAUUCCGCGCGUUCUAUGAUCAGAGGCGCUGUGUGCUCGGCGCCAUGGCCCUGAGGUCCCGGAGACCCUGGGUGAGCGUGCUGCUGGGGGUCGUCCUGGGCUUCACCGCCGCCUCCUGGCUCAUCGUGCCCACGGUGCUCGAGAUCGGAGCCAAGCGGCGCAAGUCCACGGCGUGCGCCUAUUACGGCCACGCGGGGGGCCUCGGCAGGGGGCACGAGAGCGCGGGGGGCACGGCGGGCGGCGACGCGUGGCGUGCCGACGCGGACGAGGCCGGCGACGACGACCAGGAGGAGCAGGACGACGAGGACGAGGAGAGGACGGCGGGCAACCGCAGCGCCCGCGGCCACGGAGGGCCGCCCCCGCCGCCCUUCCCCCGGCCCAGGAAUUUCCUCUACGUGGGCGUGAUGACCGCCAAGAAGUACCUGGACUCGCGGGCCGUGGCCGCGCACCGCACGUGGACGCGCUCCAUCCCGGGCAAGGUGGAGUUCUUCUCGAGCGAGGGCUCGGGCGCGCUGCCGCUGCCCGCCGCCGUGCCCGUGGUGUCGCUGCCCGGCGUGGACGACGCGUACCCGCCGCAGAAGAAGUCCUUCAUGAUGCUCAAGUACAUGCACGACCACUACCUGCACAAGUACGAGUGGUUCAUGAGGGCGGACGACGACGUGUACAUCCGAGGUGACAAGCUGGAGUCCUUUCUGCGCUCCCUGAACAGCAGCAAGCCGCUGUACCUGGGCCAGACGGGCCUGGGCACCACGGAGGAGCUUGGCAAACUGGCCCUCGAACCUGGGGAGAACUUCUGCAUGGGUGGCCCGGGGAUGAUCUUCAGCAGGGAGGUGCUGCGCCGGAUGGUACCUCACAUCGGGACCUGCCUGCGGGAGAUGUACACCACCCACGAGGACGUGGAGGUGGGCCGCUGCGUGCGCAGGUUCGGCGGGACCCAGUGCGUCUGGUCCUAUGAGAUGCAGCAGCUUUUCUAUGAAAAUUAUGAACACAACAAGAAGGGCUUCAUCCAGGAGCUCCACAGCAGCAAGAUCCACAACGCCAUCACCCUGCACCCCAACAAGCAGCCAGCCUACCAGUACCGGCUGCAUAGCUACAUGUUGAGCCGGCAGAUGUCCGAGCUUCGGUACCGCACCAUUCAGCUGCACCGAGAGGGGGCCACCAUGAGCCGGCUGAGUGGCACAGAGGCUCAACGUGAGGACCAGCAACUCGGAGCCAUGCCCUCCUACAGUCGUUUCCAGCCAGCUGAGCGUGCAGAAGUACUUGAGUGGGACUUCCUGACAGGCAGACACAUCUACUCUACAGGAGAGAAGCAGCUUCCCCGGCAAGGCCUGGGGAGUGCAUUGCGGGCUGCACUUGAUGACACCGUGCUUCAGGUAAUGGAGAUGAUCAACGAGAACUCCAAGGCACGUGGGCGAGUCAUCGACUUCAAGGAGAUCCAGUAUGGCUACCGCCGUGUGGACCCGCUCCACGGGGCAGAGUACAUCCUGGACCUUCUGCUCCUGUACAAGAAGCACAAGGGUCGGAAAGUGACGGUACCAGUCCGGCGGCAUGCCUAUCUGCAGCAGUCCUUCAGCCGCCCUUUCUUCAUGGAGGCUGAGGAGCUGGACGUUGCCGAGCUUGUGGAGGCCAUCAAUACCGAUUCAAAAUCAUUCUCCUUCCUGUCCAGCUCCCUGAAGAUCUUUUCACCCUUCCAGUCUGCAGAGUCCGCCAAAGAGAUGCGCGAGCGCAUCCAGAAGAAAAUCCAUUUCCUCGUCCCACUGACCGGCAGGUUUGACGUCUUUGUUCGCUUCAUGGAGAACUUUGAGAAGAUCUGUCUCAUCCCAAACCAGAAUAUCAAGCUGGCUGUCAUCUUGGUCGAUAAUGACAGCAAUCAGGACAAAGAGAAGCAUGUGGAGCUCAUCAAGGAGUAUCACAACAAAUAUCCAAAGGCUGACCUGUCGGUCAUUCCAAUGACAGGUGAUUUCUCCAGGGGGCUGGCUCUGGAAAUGGGUUCUUUGCAGCUGGAGAACAACACCCUGUUGUUCUUCUGCGAUGUGGACCUUGUCUUCAGUGGUGAUUUUCUGCAACGUUGCCGAGACAACACAGUCCAGGGCAAACAGGCCUACUUUCCUAUUAUCUUCAGCCAGUACGACCCCAAAAUUGUCUACUCGGGAAGUCCACCAGAAGACAACAAUUUUGUCUUCACGAAGAAAAGUGGUUUCUGGAGGGACUAUGGCUAUGGGAUCACUUGCAUAUACAAAAGCGAUUUGCUGAAAGCCGGUGGAUUCGAUACGUCCAUCCAAGGCUGGGGCCUGGAGGACGUGGACCUCUUCACAAAAGUCAUAAACUCUGGACUGAAGGCAUUUCGGAGUCAAGAAACCGGGAUUAUCCACAUCUACCAUCCCGUUCACUGUGACGCUAACUUAGAGCCCAAGCAAUACAAAAUGUGCCUAGGGUCAAAAGCAAGUACUUACGCAUCCACGAUGCAGCUGGCCGAACUGUGGCUGGAGAAACACUUGGGCGUAGGGUACAACAGAACUUCUUCCUGACAUCUCUGCUCUCCUCCUCCUCCUAUGGAGUUUACCUCAAUUUCUGCAUGAGAGCGGCGGGCAGUGGCGCACGUGUGCCAAUCCUAGGGUACGCUUGACUUUUUUCCCGGGUCACCUUUGUGCAAUUUUUUUUCCUUUUUUCGUUAUACGUUCUCUCUUUAAUCUUCCUCGCUUAUUGGUUCUUUUUCGUUUUUCGUCAGCGUCUUCCAAAGGCCUUUCCAUUCACAAGCUUAAGUUGCGGUUGUUUUACCAAACCUGCCGUGCUGUUUUUUUCUUUUUUCUUUGAUUUUUUUUUUAAAUCAGACCUUUUCAGUCGUCUGAAGAUCCGUGAGUAUUCUCAGGAGCACAUCUUUUUACUGUGGCCACUUUCUAUGAAUGUGUGCUGUGCAGCUUUUCCUUAUAGUGGAUGGAAAGAGUUGUGCUCUUUGUGGGUCUUUGCUAGCAUUGCUGAACUCAACAUGACAAUGGCUGACAGCUGAAUCAGUGAAACAUGAAAAUAAUAAUAAUGAUAUAAUAAUAACAAUAAAAUAAUGAGAACAAUAAUAUAAUAUGCUGAAAGUAUCACAAAUGUGCUUUAAAGCUUCCAGAGGUGAAGGGACUGUAAGAUAGUUUUCUAAUUUAUACAAAGGAAUACGUUAACAUAACUUUCUUCAUCUGCAGAAUUUUUUAAAAUGUGGGAAUAAUUUUGAUGAUUGUAUCUUUAUUUUUGGUAGAAAUGUUUCCAUGAUGUAAAAGGUACUGGAUACCGUCCAAUGUCUGCUGUCGCAUUAAUAUUAUUUCUGAUGCAAAAAAGUCCACAAGAUUUCAUUCUGUUUUGUGACCAUGAUUCAGUGGAGAAGGUUUGUUUGUUUGUUUAUUUCAGCGUUGUGACUCCAAGUUGUUGAGUUUGUUGGCGAGAACAACAAAGUUAUAUUAC